CUUUUGCUUUUAAGUCUACACAGUCCGUACUGUGAUUCAAUCUUUUAUUUACUUUCUGUUAGAUUUCAACAAUGGCGGAGGGGGCACACCAUCAAUCGGCGAAUCCGGCAUUAUUCCCGCCUCCUCCACAGCUGGACCCGAGUACUCCAGCCCAGUUAGAGAAUGGCGACGGAGCCAGUGGCGAAAUGGAGGUUUCUCCCAAACUGGAGAUAUUUACGGAGUCCACUUUAGUGAAGCAGAAAAUCGAAAUGGUGAGAAGCUUGCAUCAGAAUUAUCGGAGACGGUCAACGAGAUUAAUUGAGAACGGCGGAGGAGAAAGCAGUGGCAAAUCGAGGAAUUCAGGGGAACUGGAGAAAUCACCACCACUGAAGAAGCAAAAGACUGGGAAAAAAGUUUCAUUCUUUAUUGGUGACCCGGUUCCUGCGGAUGAGGCUAGGCUCCAAUGGCCUUGGCGUUAUGAUGAAAAUAAGGGUCCAAAAAAUAAUGGACAUGCCUCAAAAUGCGAGGAUGACGACGAAGAUCAGCUUAUUUUGAAUAUAAAGUGCCAUUAUUCACAAGCGAUAGUAGCAAGUGUAGUUUUUAGUCUUGGUGAUUGUGCAUACAUAAAGGGUCCAAAACGGGGUCCUAAUUAUGUUGGCAGGAUACUAGAAUUUUUUGAGACAAAAGAUGGUGAAGACUAUUGUAGGGUUCAAUGGUUCUUUAGAGCUGAAGACACGGUUAUGAAGGAUGAAGGGAAAUCUCAUGACAAGAAACGGCUAUUUUAUUCUACUCUGAUGAACGACAAUUUAUUAGAUUGUAUAGUUUCAAAAGUUGAAGUUGUUCAAAGAGUACCAAAUGUAAGUUUGAAAGGAAAACCUCUUUCAGACUGUGAUUUUUAUUUUGAUAUGAAAUACUCGGUGGAUUACUCAACAUUCAGUACAAUUGUAACAGACCAUCAUGCAGAUAAGACUGAUUUAUCAUCUCCAUCUCCUAUGAUGACGACAAGCUUUCGCAAAGAUGCCACAAAUAAUACCGGUAUCAAGUGCAGUGCCGAUGAAGCGCCCAAUAAAGGACUUCAUAUAUCAGAGCUAGCACUACUGGAUAUGUAUGCUGGCUGUGGAGGAAUGUCAACGGGGUUAUGCUUUGGUGCCAAAGCAUCUGGCAUAAAUCUUGUGACGAGAUGGGCUGUUGACAUGGAUGAAGCUGCAUGUGAAAGCUUGAGGUUCAACCAUUCAGAUACACAAAUUAGAAAUGAAUCUGCGGAGGACUUUCUUGAUUUGUUGAAGGAAUGGGACCGUCUCUAUAAAAAAUAUGUGAACUGUGAAGUAAGAGAACUGAAGUCAAGAGUUAGAGAAGUUGAUGAAGACAUAAACCUAAAAGCUGAUGGUAAAAGAAACCGUGAAUAUGAAGUUGAUAAGCUAGUAGCCAUAUGUUAUGGCGAUCCCACAGAAACAGGAAAGCGCGGGCUUAAGUUCAAGGUGCGUUGGAUUGGAUACAGUUCAAAGGAUGAUACAUGGGAGCCAAUUGAGAACUUAGGUAAUUGCCAAGAGCGGAUACAAGAUUUUGUACUUGAGGGAAUUAAGGCGAAAAUUCUGCCACGUCCGUAUUUUCUCUUUUCUCCAGAUAUGAUGGACUCUUCUUCCAGCAGUGCAAGCACACGCAAGAAUCCUGUUCUGUAUGAUCACCUUCCUUAUCCAUUGGGAAAUGAUGACUAUUUGCGGAUUUGUAAAAUACCUAAAAGAAAGGGUGCAAGUUUUAGAGACCUUCCAGGCAUUGUCAUUGGAUCCGACAACUCUGUUCGACGAGCAGAGGAGCAAAGUUUGAUGCCAUCUGGAAAGCCAUGGGUACCUGAUUAUGCUAUUAGUUUUCGUGAUGGAAGGUCUACAAAACCAUUCAGACGGUUGUGGUGGGAUGAGACUGUGGCAACUGUCUUCUGUUUUCCUGAUCAUCACACACGGCCAAUUUUGCACCCUGAGCAAGAUAGAGUCCUCACUCUACGGGAAUGUGCAAGGCUGCAAGGCUUUCCUGAUUAUUAUAAGUUUUGUGGAAAACUGAAGGAAAG